AUGGACUUCUUGGUAUUCAAGUAUGAUGGGAUGUCUCGGAUGAAGGUUCUGAUAUUUGAUCCUAGUGGUUGCGAGAAAGUACCACCAUGUUUUGUCAUGAAAAAUGCUAUUAGUGGAGGAAUGACAUCUUCAGAGGGCGAUGAAGCACAUUCUAUUCCGAGUUACAUGCUCCCACGAGGCACCAGCCUUGAUAGUAUGCAAAAGAAGAAACUGAAAGAGAGACUCCUAGCUAUUUGUUCUGAAAUCCCCAUCUAUGUGUGUGUCGUGAAGAAGUCAAACAUUUCUGGAAGAUCUCAAGCUAUGGAAUUCUCUAGAAAAUACUCUGAUGUAUGUCUUCCAUUGAAGAGCAGAGUGUUGAUUCUUCAGUGUCAUGGCAAGAGUUGGGAAGUGAUUUGCCGCAUUCAGGUUCCAAAAGCUCAACGCAAAGUUAAAAGGCUUUCCAAAGGGAGGGCACGGUUUGCACGUGACAACAAUUUGCAGCUGGGAGAUAUCUGCCUCUUUGAGCCACUGAAGACCAAGAAGUACAGGAUGAAUGUUUGUCCAGUGUUGUGCUUAACAAAUUGCAAUAUUCACUUAGAAUAUGUGGACAGCUACAAGGGGCACAAUAUGCUGAAUUAUUCUGAACCCCUAUCUGCAGGUGGUGACUGCUCAAGAGAGACUGAAGAAAUGGUACAUGGAAGAGAACAGAAGAAUGCAGGCCUCGAGGAGAAAUCCUUGAACUGGCCCUGCUUUGCAGGUUGUUAA